AGAGGGAAGCACAAAGGUGCUUGGUUCCAGUGAAGUCCUUUGACACAAACAUGCCCAGACCUGGUGCUGCGGCCUGAAUUUCUCACAGAAUAUCUGCAGAGCACAUGGACGCCAGUGCCGUGUGGUGAGGCAGGCAACACAGAGGGGUUAUGAGGUGGAGCUGGAGCAACCCUUCCCUUCUGCCCCACUGCUACAAAUUUGUAAGGACUGCUGUGCAUUGCUCUUACCUCUUCCCGGUGAGAGGAAAGGAAGAGCACAGGGUGUGAGGUGAAGGAGUUCGGAAACGUGCUACAAAGGCACUGAGGUUGGCCUCUACCUUGCCACUGUGUUAAGCACCUGUACUUUCUCUCUCAGUAUUUUAAAUGCUGCCUCAGCAGAGAUGUCACACACCUCCACCAAGAGGUCCCUGUGCGGUUGCAACCAUCCCUUUCCAUCUGCCCAGGGGACCGGGCUGGCUUUGCUCACUGUGACACACUUUUCUCCCUCGUGCCCACUCCUUCCCUCCUCCAGACUAUCCCAAACAAUAGGAGGUUUUGUUUCCACUCGGCAUCUAGCAGCGGCGGUUCCUCAAGCCCCUAAGCCCUAUAUUGUGUGUGCACCCUGGACUUAACCAGCACAUUCCUGCCAGAGGUUAAGCCUGGGUGCCACGUGGAUAAUCUGAGAUUUUUUUGCCUCCUGCUCCUCCAAGUGACCAUGACAAUAACAGGCCCGUGUGCACCGGCUGUUUUCCUGCCCCUUAUGUCCUCUAUCCAUGGAUGCUUUGUCACGACCACCCACACAAUGGUAUCAUUCAGCACUGGUGGUGUCUUCCACCUGCCUGGUCCCAAAGCUGGCAACAGUCAGAGCGUGAGCCCCAACAGACCGGAGGGCUGCGAGGAAAGCAGUGGCCAUGGUAUGAGAGUGGGACUGGAGUGAGCUGCUAGAGCUGCAAAAGGGAUCUUUGGAGCGCAAGAACAAGAAGGGCUGGAAGCUGGGAAGGCAGGGCACCACAGUGGGUGUCCCGAGCACAGCAACAUUUUCGGGAACAAAGCAGGAAAUCAGUGCUCAGGCAAGGAUGGCAGCUGGGAAAGAGAAGCCAAGUGCUGGCCUUGGCAGGGGACAGGAGGGAAGGAGAAUUUACCUUUUUCUUCCACAUUGAAAAUUCCCUUUUUCCCCUUCUCUCCUAGACAUCAAGCUCUUUGCUCUGGCACUGGACUCCAGGCCAGAGUGCUAGGCCUCCCUCCUCAUGUGGUUGCUUUCUUUCCUGAUUAAAAGUGAUUAGGCAGCCCUAAAGCCUGCAGAAAUGUGACCGAUGGGGAUGGAGACAAAGAGACCAUUCAAGAUCUCUUAAAUCCCCAAGGCACUAUUUAGAGAGCCCUGAAGAGAGCCCUGGAGCAGAACCACCCCAUCACUGCCUACCUGUUCUCCCUCCUUCUGUGCCCUUCCUCACCAGCAUCUUCUCCACCAUGCCCUUCUCUGAAGCGGAGGUGCAGAGUGCCCGUGGUGCCUGGGAGAAGAUCUAUGUGGAUGCCGAGGACAAUGGGACAGCAGUGCUGGUCAGGAUGUUUACUGAGCACCCAGAUACCAAGUCCUACUUCACACAUUUCAAAGGCAUGGACUCCGCCGAAGAGAUGAAACAGUCGGAUCAGGUCAGGGGCCAUGGCAAGAGGGUUUUCACUGCCAUCAACGACAUGGUGCAGCACCUGGACAACACUGAAGCUUUUCUUGGGAUACUGAACCCGCUUGGCCAGAAACAUGCCACCCAGCUCAAGGUCGACCCCAAAAACUUCAGGAUCAUCUGUGACAUCAUCUUGCAAAUGAUGGAGGAGAAAUUUGGUGGAGACUGCAAAGCCUCUUUUGAGAAGGUGACCAAUGAAAUCUGCACUCACCUGAACAAUGUCUACAAAGAAGCGGGUUGGUGAGGAAGUGUAACCUCUAGCCUCUUCAAACUUCUCACUAGCACUGAUUUGCUGCUUUUGGGCCUCCAGCCACAGUUGGAAGAGCAAAAAAGUAAAAAAAGCAAAAAAUAUAUGAUAGGUGUUAAUGUCAAUAAUUUCUGUAGCGAACUGAGUUUCCACAGUUAAAUGAAAACUGCAGAUACAACAAAGCCAAACAAAUCCUGACGUGCCUUGCAGCUGAGGUGCUCCAAGUGGGUUCCUCUGACUACAGUCCUUGGAGACUACAUUUAAAGACCAAGACUUGAAGCUUGCUGUUCCUGAAAGACUUGCUCCUUUCAGCAGCAACAGCCCAGAGAGAGAACCAGCAACUCCUUACCUUUCCAUCCUCAUCAAUGAUGAGCAGAAGACCAUUUUGAAGCAUUUCCUGGGUCAGGGACUUUGUAGAGGUCAUUUUUUAAGAGACAUGGGAGUUUCACAUUUGAACCGCAGCAAUGCGAGCAGAGGGGAGUGCUCCGUUUUUGGAGGAGACUAACAUCUGGAAAAGAGACAGGGACAGCCCCAACUUGGGCAGGUCAACAGAGUCCCCCAGCUUGGGGAGAGGUGACUCAGAGCAGCUUCCAGUGCAGGUGGGGACAUCUGCAGUGCCUGUAUUUCUUGCUGCUACUCCCAGAAAAUUGCUCUGGCCAUGUGCCCAGGAGACAGCAAUAACACCCAGCUCACUGUCGCCCACACUACCUCUCCUGCCGCAAGGCCUGUGUCUCCCUUCAGCUUAACUGAGUCCAGAACUGUUUAAUUGCUUUUCCUUAGCCGUGGUGAAAUCAUCAGCUGAUAACUGCAAAUAACCACAUGCCGUUUUGCUUAAGUGUAACACAAUAAACAAAAAGAAAGCUGG